CAUGGCUAACGCGUGAAAAGAUGAGUAAAAAUUACAGUGUGGUAGUACAACAAAACCUAUUUCAGCGCUUAGCCGCUUAAUUAUCUGAUGACGUGAUAAGAUGAUUGCAUAAUUCGUUCUUAUCUGUUGCAAACGAUAAAAACAGAGAAUGAGCUGCUGUUGUAGUACAGACGAAAGCCGCACAAUGGCAAGUGACAUACCGCAGGUAGAAAGCUUAAUAAAUGAAGCCGAGAAAGCUUUUACAGAAAAAUUCAAAAGUAAGCCAGACGUGGUGGUAUUUGCACCCGGAAGAGUGAACUUAAUAGGCGAACACACCGAUUAUAACGAUGGUUUCGUUUUGCCUAUGGCUUUACCUCUGGUGACAGUUGUGGUAGGAAGCAAGAACAAUACUGAUACCUGCCAUGUCAAGACAACUAACCAGCAAUGUGAUGCACCAAAAGAAACUGAUUUUCUUAUUCCGUCUAAGCAGUCUCUUCAGCCAGGGUCACCUAAAUGGGCUAAUUAUGUUAAAGGAGUUGUUCAGAAUUUUAAAGGUGCAGUCCCAGGCUUUAAUGCUGUCAUUUCUUCAAGUGUUCCACUUGGCGGAGGUGUUUCAAGCAGUGCUGCUCUAGAGGUUGGAGUUUAUACAUUUCUGGAGGCGCUUACAGGAGAGAAAACAAACCUCCAAGACAAGGCGUUAGCAUGUCAGAAAGCUGAACAUACAUUUGCAAACAUGCCUUGUGGCAUUAUGGACCAGUUUAUUUCAGUGAUGGCCAAAGAAGGCAGCGCCUUACUUAUUGAUUGCAGAUCAAUGGAAGCAACUAUAGUUCCUAUCAAUGAUCCAAAAAUUGUUAUUUUAAUAACAAACUCAAAUGUUCGGCAUGAACUGACUGGUAGUGAGUAUCCAACUAGAAGGAAGCAGUGUGAAGAAGCUGCAAAACUGCUUGGAAAGAAAAGCCUGAGAGAUGCUAAAUUAAGUGACAUUGAAGUGCUACAGCAGAAGAAGGUUGAUGAAGAUAUUGUGCGUCGUGCCAGACAUGUCAUAGGUGAAAUUAAUAGAACUGAACAGGCAGCAGAGGCAUUGAAGAGCAAAGAUUUUACGUUAUUUGGAAAGUUGAUGUUGGAGAGCCAUGAGUCUUUAAGGUCAGACUACGAAGUCUCUUGUGCAGAAUUAGACCGGCUGGUGAAGGCAGCUACUGAGGUGAAAGGUGUGCUUGGCUCUCGCAUGACUGGUGGAGGGUUUGGAGGCUGCACAGUGACACUGGUGUAUAAAGAUGCUGUUAAUGAAGUCAUAAACAAUACAAAAAAGAAGUACAAAGGAAAAGCAACAUUUUAUGUAGUCACCCCAUCUGCAGGAGCUACAGUUGUGAGAGGAAAGUAAUAUCAGUGAAACCAUAUACUGCCAUGACAGCUGUAGAAUUGUUAUAUUUGUGAGCACUUGUUUUGGGCUACAUAGUGUUGCACAUUUAGUCAUACAGCAAACUAUUUCAGAUUUUGAAUAAUUGUAUGAAAACUAUUACUAGACUAAUUUUUAAUGUAAUUAGUACAACUUAUGAAGUCAUAUCUUGUGUGUUAAAUCUUAAGGUUGAAAGUAUGGGAUUAGGUGGUGUUUUACAAAAGGCACUAUGUUAUUGAUCAGUUAGAAGUGUUUCUCUCAAGGAGUUUGCCAUUUUGCUUAUUAAACUAUUACAAAUAUUUCUCUUCGCUCUGCAACAAAGUGUACAUUAUAGGCCAUCUUAAAGCAAAUUAUAUGAUUUUCCAGACCAAUAA